AUGAAGACAUUUAAGAAAAUUCUGAAACAACGCAGUAUUGAUGAAGUGACUAUAUUGAAUACAAUUUACGAGGAUGAAGCUAGAAAAAAUCCUGAAUCUGCUGCCAUGUAUACUUGGAAAUCAGCCGAAAGUUUCAUGCAGUGGUCUAGGAGACGAUCGUCACCAAUAGUCCCAGGAACACUAAGUGAGCUAGCUGAACAAUUCGGAUCAGGGCUCCUUGAAAGAUAUCAACGUUGUGAUGAAUUAAUAUAUAAAGGUUGUGUUGAAGAUACGUCAGGUAAUUAUUCUAUAGUUUUUGCUUCCAAAGCCUUAAUACGCAAAACUCUAGAUAUGGAAAUAACAGAAAUCCAUGUUGACGCCACAUUUCGAAUCGUUCCGUCCACACCAAAGUGUUACCAACUAUUAAUAAUGCACGCGAUGAGUAUUCCUAUUGUAUAUGUUCUGAUGGAACGCAAGACGUCCCAGGCUUAUUAUGCCGUUUUACACUUUGUUAAAGUUAAUUUACUGGCUGAGUUUAGGCCAAGUGUAAUUUUAACAGACUUUGAAACUGCGUUAAGGGAAAUGUUGAUAAGGCAUUUUCCAUCAGCCACAGCUCAUGGAUGCUGGUUUCAUAGUAAUCAAGCUGUGUGGCGAAAAUGCGAAAAUUAG